AUGAAGCCGUUUUCCGAAACUAGCACGGCGCACACGCGCUCUGCCUCUCCAGCAGGAGCUCCGAGCCUGCCGUUUACGCUGAAAUGGCGAUAUCUCAUCUUCCUGGCGGCCGCAGUCUACAUCGGAUACUACUUCCUCUUUUCAAAGCCCAUCUUCGCGCACCCCCUGCCCAAGCACACAGGGCUGUAUGCCGUGGGCGCCGUCGACAUCGAAGCGCCCGUCGAGCUAGCGCGCACCAUUGACCCGGCGCGGUUCAAGGGAUGCCGCAACAAGGCAUUUGAGCUGCAGACGGUCCUGUUCACCCUGUACUACCCAUCCGCCCACGGCACCGGCACCGGCACCGGCUCCAGCUCCGCAAAGCGACACCCGUGGAUCCCCAAGCCCCUUCGCCUCCGGGCCAAGGGCUACGCCAAGGCCGCCCACAUCAGCAACUGGCUCACCGAUGCCGUCUUCGCCGGUGCCAUUCGCGCUCUGGUCGGCAGCAUCACCAUCCCAGCAGCUGUCGACGCUCCCUUGAGCGACCGCGCCGACGCCAGCGGCCACCCCGUCAUCAUCUUCUCGCACGGUACCGUGUCGAGCCGGACCGACUACUCGCACUACGCUGGCGAGCUUGCCGCCAGGGGCUACGUCGUCGUCAUGCUCGAGCACCGCGACGGCUCCGGCCCCGGCUCGCUCGUCAUGAGCAAGGGCCGGCCCAGCCAGACCCGCCUCAUCUUUGACCAGUCCGAGGUCGAGACGGUCGGCGGCAGCGACGUGACCGCCGACGACUUCCACAAGGCCCAGCUCGCCUUCCGCGAGGCCGAGAUCGAAGAGGCCGUGCGCGUCGUGACCAUGAUCAAUUCCGGACACGGCGCCGCCGUCUUCAGCCAGAACCCCCGCGGCGAGGGCUCUGGGCUGGCCGACUGGGCCGGCCGCCUCAACACCGACGAGAUGGUCAUGGUCGGCCACAGCUACGGCGCCACCGGGGCUCUGCAGGCGCUGCGCGGCGGGCGCCACAACAAGAAGCGGCCGUUCAAGGGCGCCAUCAUCCUCGACCCGGGCAAGCAGAGCGGCCCGCUGAACCGGGACAUUGACGUGCCCGUGCUGGUCGUGCACAGCAACUCGUGGAGCAGCCACAGCAGCCUGUUCUACGGCGGGCGCGCCCACUUCGACACGGUCAAGGACAUAGUCGAGGCCAACAACGCGCGCGGCAACCCGUCGUGGUUCAUGACGUCGCUCGGCACCUCGCACCCCUCGGUCACCGACGCGCCCCUGCUCGAGCCCUUCCUGCUGAGCUUCACCACGGGCGCCACCAUCGACGUCUACCAGGGACUGCGCCAGUACGUGCACGUCGCCGAGGACUUCCUGGCCUUCCUGGGUGACGGCAAGCCCCGCGGCUUGCUCGCCGAAAAGGCCGAAUUCCCCCAGUACGAUCCCGGCACCGGCCUGGGCCUGUGGAAGCCGGGACAGGGCGACGACCAGAAGGCGUGGGAGGAGAAGGGCGAGUGGUGGGAUUGGCGGAGUUACUGGCAGCUACACGUCUCCCCUGUCGGUUCGGACUGA